AUGUCCACAUCAAAAACCUUGGAUAAACCCUUUGGAUAUGAGCCAGUUCAAACUCAAGCAGGUUUUGCUCUGCUGCAGCGCAACACAUCCCCAUCUCAGCCUGGCGAGAGGCGGGGAAGAAGAAAGCAGGCAGAACCCGGGAGGUUUCUUGGAGUGAGGCGGCGGCCUUGGGGUAGAUAUGCUGCUGAAAUCAGGGACCCAACAACGAAAGAAAGGCACUGGCUUGGCACGUUUGAUACAGCUCAGGAAGCAGCUCUUGCUUAUGAUAGAGCUGCACUUUCCAUGAAAGGCACCCAAGCGAGAACAAACUUCUUAUACUCUAACAACACUACUUUUCAUUCUCUUCUUAAUCCCUUUGAUGUCCAAUCCAUUUUACCAACUUCAGAGUUCCUUACCAGCUCUCAACCCAAACAAGCAACCAAUCACAACAGUGCACCUCAGCCUGACAUUUCCCACAGUAAAGCCCCGAUCCAAUCUAAUAAUGACCCAUCAUCAGCUGAUGAAACUCCAUACGGGUCAGUAGAUGAUAAUAGUUUCUUUCUCUCUAGUGAUACUAACUCAGGCUACUUGGCCUGCAUUGUUCCUGAUAACUGCUUGAAGCCUCCUUCCACUCCCACCAGCCCACGCGUCUCAAACUUUUGCUCCAUGAACCAAAUCUCCCAUGAAAACCAAUCACAUUUUGAUAAUUAUGCUCUGCCUCCAGAUAUAACAAGCUUGCCAAAGUCUGAUAACAUGGAGUUUCCGGGUUUUGAUGAACUCAAUCAGGGCUUUUGGAGUGACCAACGAUCAUGGGACAUGAACUCCAAUGAACUCUCAGCUAUGAUCAACCCUCCCUUGAUGGUUGAAGAUGGGUGCAUGGGAGCUUUCUAUCCCUACAAUGACAGUGCUAGCUACAACAUGAUUCCACAAGCCACUUCUUCAGUAACUUGCUCUCCUUCAGUGCCGCCUUUUGGUGAUGUAGUCGACUUGGGGUAUUCACUCUUCUGA